AUGAGUUUCAAACACAGAGUGCACUCAGUCGAUGAGUUCAUCAAACCAGCUCAGGAUUUGAUAGAGAAGAUAAGAGAACAGCGCAAUCAUUUGAACGAGACAGUUAUAACGGCAACAGAAGAGACAUCAGAUAAACGAUGGUUGGGAGACACAGGUGUUGCUUCUCAGAUUGACAAACUGACCAAGACUAUCAAGGUACCAGUGCUAGAUGAUGCACAACGGAACCAGGAAUUGAAGACGUUUCUCCAGACAACUGCACUCUCAAUGGUCACCACACUGAGACAGAAGAAGAAAGAGGUCGACAAUAAGUUAGUUACUGCUGCGAACAUUCUCAUUGAUAACACAAGCCUCGCACCACUCCUACCCGAGAGUACCAUUAGGGAGUACAAUGAUGCACUCGCUACUGAACACGUUGCCAUCGCCGAAUCAAUAAAGAUGCUGGACAAGGUGAUUGAACAGGACGCAAACAAUAACGAUAACAAGAUCUUAAACAAACUCACAGGCCUGGGAUUGAACUACCGAAUAGUGGACUACGACAGAGGAAUCAUCGAGCUCAUUGACAUCAGAAACAUCAGGCAACCAAUGGCAGGUGCAGUAUACUCAUCGACCGUCCAACAAAUUAUGACUGUGAUAGAUGAUAAGAUCACAAUCGAGUACAAUAACUACCAAUCCAAGAUGAAGGAGGUGGAGGAUAUAGUUCGCAAACGUUUGGCAGUGGAGAUACGACAAGAGAUUGCAGAGGCCAAACAGAAAGAGGACAAGAGAGUGGAGGAGAAUGAAAACAAACUACGCCUACAAGAUGAAGAGGCAGAUGCGAUUAGAUUGAAGGAAGAGAAUGAACGCGAGCAGCAGCGACAACGUGACAUUGCACCAAUUGUAGUGGAUGAAGCCGUCAAGGAACAACCACCACAACCACAACAACAACAACCGGUUGAUGAUGAAAUAAUGCAGCAAGUACAUCAGGAACUACCACAACCACAACCACAACAACAGGUAGAGGACGAAGUGAUGCAACGAGUACUUCAGGAAGAACAACCAAAUCCUGUAGUGUCGUUCCAACACCAUCCCGAUGUUCCCCUCCUAACCACAGCAAACAAACCAACGCGGGCGCGUGCUGAUACAGUGCCAAAGAAGAAUGUCAUCCCCAGCAAGGGCGCGAAGAAGAAGAAGAAGUCCAUACUAACUACUCCCACUACUACCGACGACAACAUCAAACCACAGCAGGUGCAGGGGCUACCCACCACUUCGAUAAUGAAAGGAGACGCACAACAACCUCAUUUCACGAAAGCGGUGAUAAAGGAUGUCGAAGAAGUCGAUAAGAAGAAGAGGAAGAGAUCUGAUAAAGAUAUUGAUGGUGUGAAGUUCAUUACAGAUACAAUCGCCAAAGAAGAGAAAUACAGGUCGAAGCCGGGAGUUCGUCGCGUUAAGACUACACAUUAA